ACAACGCAGCUUCAACAAUCCCGAACUGAGAUAAAAAAUAUAGAAAAUGUCUUGAGCGAUGUGGAAAACAAGACUCUGUCGUGUCGCGAUCGAUACAGGUCUAUAAUGACCGCAAUAAAAAGAGAUGUCCGUAAAACGGAAAUUGAGAUGAAGAUGUUACAGGAUCAUGCAUCUAAAUUGUCUCUCCGUCGAGAAGAACUAAAAAACGAGAUACUAAAGCAAGGUCAAGACUAUCAAAGAAUGAUCGAUAAUUUUGCUAAGGAUUUCGGAAAUAAGGAAACAACAUUUUCAAGCGAUUUAGAAAAUGUAAAGCGCGACGAUUCGAGUGGUCUUCGCAAGUAAUCGAACCGCCGUGAAGCGCAUCAAAAUAAAACUUUAAGAUUUGAUAGAA